AAGCGAGCGAGGAGUUGAAUGAGUUCCCUCCACAGUUGAAGUGAAGCAGCCGCCGACAGUCAGGACAGCGUCAGUGCCGAGGGACAGACAGCGGGCAGGGAGACACUGGCAGGGCCCCGUCCUACCACACUACAUGGACACACACAGCCAGGUGUGUCUGCUAGCCUCGCAGCUAGCCGUGUCAUGACGUUUGGAGACAUUUCUCACACAUCUGUACGACGUUGCAGCGAGACGAGCACCAACACCCUCUUUGCCCUCCGUAGUCGAAAACAAGUGAGGAGGGGUUGUUGUUUUUAAUUCUUUAUAACAUUUCUGGUCGCAGUCCUCCUCUCCGGCGACUCAGUGGACCUAUUUGUGCUUCUUACAAUGGCUGAAAGAACCUCCACCGGGUUGCUAACGAUGAUGUUGGAGCCCACGCCGGCUGUCGCUAUGACCCUGCCGGCGGAGGUCCGGGAGAAGCUGGCGGAGCUGGAGCUGGAGCUCUCUGAGGGGGACAUCACUCAGAAGGGCUAUGAGAAGAAAAGAGGCAAGCUGUUGGCACCGUACAUCCCGCAGAUACAAGGUGUAGAUCCCUCUCUGCAAAUUGACAACAGGAUCCAGGCCUCCUCCCAAGCUGUUCUACCAGGUUCCAAACACAACAAAUCCCGGGCGGCCAACACCCGGGAUGAACGCUUCAGAUCUGAUUUGCACACAGAAGCCGUCCAAGCAGCUUUGGCAAAGUACAAGGAGAGGAAGAUGCCAAUGCCCUCCAAGAGACGAUCGGUGUUAGUUCAGUCUUCUGUUGAGGCAUGCACCCCGCCAGACACCUCCUCAGCGUCAGAAGACGAGGGCUCGCUGCGCCGGCAGGGACGUCUGGCCACCUCCACGCCCUACCAGGGCCACGGCCACCCAGCCGUUGAGCACUGGUUUAACCGUGUCAUCCAGGGUUCGUCCACCUCAUCCUCCGCGUCAUCCACUUCAUCCCACCCGGGAGGGAGAUCCGUCACCACCACCAACACCACUGCCCACGCAGCCCUCAACGCCAACGCUGCAGCUACCGCUCUGGCCGACCUUAUGGCACACACCCAGCUAGAUAACCACUCAACGCCCCCCGAUGUGACGGGGCUGUCGGAGCGCUCCUCGCAUCAUACGGAGCGGCCCCAGGUGGCCUCGGUGCGAGGUGUUUCCCGGGGCUACAACCACCACACCAGCGUCAUGGAGACUGCAGAUGGCUGUGAGUGGAGAAGUGAAGGAUCCCUCAGUUUAAUGGAUGGUGUUCCAGUCAACAGUCGCGUCUCCUCCAAAAUCCAGCAGCUGCUCAACACUCUGAAGAGACCAAAGCGACCGCCGUUGCGAGAGUUCUUUGUCGACGACUUUGAGGAGCUUUUGGAUGUUCAGCAGCCGGAUCCCAACCAGCCAAAGCCAGAAGGCCAGCACAUGAGUCCCUUGGAAGGAGAGCCUCUCGGGGUGGUCAACAACUGGCCUCCAUCUUUGCCAGCAGCCUUACAGCGGUGGGGCACCACUCAGCCCAAGAGCCCCUGUCUGACGGCACUCGACAAUGCUGGCAAGCCUGUCUACACACUCACCUAUGGUAAACUAUGGACCCGUAGCCAGAAACUGGCCUACACUCUUCUUAACAAGCUGAGCACCAGGAAUGAGCCUUUGCUGAUGCCUGGCGACAGAGUUGCACUUGUUUUCCCCAACAACGACCCAGUGAUGUUCAUGGUGGCCUUCUACGGCUGCCUCCUGGCAGAGCUGGUACCUGUGCCUAUUGAAGUGCCGCUAACCAGAAAGGAUGCAGGAAGUCAACAGAUAGGUUUUCUGUUGGGCAGCUGUGGCGUCACGUUGGCACUGACCACUGAUGCUUGUCAGAAAGGCUUGCCCAAAGCACAAACCGGGGAGGUAGCCACUUUCAAAGGUUGGCCGCGGUUGCUGUGGUUUGUGACAGAUGGAAAACAUGUCGUAAAGCCUCCGAAAGACUGGCAUCCUCCGAUACGGGAAGCAAGUAAUGACAUAGCCUACAUAGAGUACAAAACCAGCAAGGAGGGAAGCACCAUGGGGAUCACAGUGUCCCAUUCAGCCAUGCUGGCUCACUGUCACGCCCUCACACAGGCCUGUGGCUACACUGAAGCUGAGACCAUAACCAACGUCCUGGACUUCAAGAGAGAAGCAGGAUUAUGGCAUGGUGUCCUUACUAGUGUCAUGAAUAGGAUGCACGUGAUCAGCAUUCCUUACUCCCUGAUGAAAGUCAACCCCCUCUCCUGGAUACAGAAGGUGCACACGUACAAAGCUCGGGUGGCGGUGGUGAAGUCGAGGGACAUGCACUGGUCUCUGUUGGCCCAGAGAGACCAGAGAGACAUCAGCCUGAGCUCGCUGCGCAUGCUCAUCGUAGCUGACGGAGCCAACCCAUGGUCGAUAUCCUCCUGCGACGCCUUCCUCAACGUGUUUCAGGCACGUGGGCUGCGACCUGAGGUGAUCUGUCCAUGUGCCAGCUCUUCAGAAGCCAUGACUGUCGCCAUCCGCAGACCUCCAGAGAUGGGUGUUCCUCCUCCAGGGAAGGCGGUGCUGUCUAUGGGCGGGCUGAGCCACAGUGUGAUCCGUGUGGACACAGAGGAGAAACUCUCUGUCCUCACAGUGCAGGAUGUGGGACAGGUCAUGCCUGGAGCUCUGGUUUGUGUGGUGCGGGUGGAGGGGACACCCUAUCUCUGUCAGACAGAUGAGGUUGGAGAGAUCUGCGUGAGCUCAGGUAGCACGGGUGUAGCUUACUACGGGCUCCCAGGCAUGACCAAGAACAUCUUUGAGACCAUCCCUGUAACAUCAUCUGGGAUUCCCAUCAGCGACAGACCAUUCACCAGAACUUCACUGCUGGGCUUUGUGGGACCGGACAGCCUUGUGUUUGUUGUGGGGAAGAUGGAUGGCCUCAUGGUGGUCAGUGGACGGAGACACAAUGCCGAUGACGUGGUUGCCACAGCACUGGCAGUGGAGCCCAUGAAGUUUGUGUACAGGGGGAGGAUAGCAGUGUUUUCUGUGUCCGUGUUGCGUGACGAGAGGAUCGUCGUUGUAGCAGAGCAGAGGCCAGACGCCUCUGAGGAGGACAGCUUCCAGUGGAUGAGUCGCGUCCUUCAGGCCAUAGACAGCAUCCACCAGGUCGGGGUGUACUGCCUGGCUCUGGUGCCUGCCAACACGCUUCCUAAGGCGCCCCUGGGCGGCAUCCAUAUAUCUGAGACCAAACAGCGCUUCCUGGAGGGCGCAUUGCACCCCUGCAAUGUCCUCAUGUGCCCUCACACAUGUGUCACCAACCUGCCCAAGCCAAGACAAAAACAGCCAGAGGUUGGUCCUGCUUCCAUGAUAGUGGGCAACCUGGUGGCAGGAAAGAGGAUAGCACAGGCCUGUGGGAGAGACGUGGCCCAGCUUGAGGACAAUGACCAGUUCCUGUACAUACAAGAUGUGCUGCAAUGGAGAGCUCAGGCCACUCCGGACCAUCCUCUAUUCCUUGUUCUCAAUGCCAAGGGCACAGUGGCGAGUACAGCCUCCUGUCUGCAGCUGCACAAGCGAGCAGAGCGGGUGGCUGCAGCACUGAUGGGACGCCUCAACACUGGAGAUCAUGUAGCACUCGUCUACCCACCAGGAAUCGACCUGAUUGCCACCUUCUACGGCUGCCUGUACGCUGGCUGUGUGCCAGUUACUGUCAGACCCCCGCACCCUCAGAACCUGGCGACCACCCUGCCCACCGUCAAGAUGAUUGUUGAGGUCAGUAAGUCGGUGUGUAUCCUGACCACUCAAGCAAUAAUGAAGCUGCUGAAAUCCAAAGAGGCUGCUGCUGCUGUGGACAUCAAGAGCUGGCCCAUGGUGCUGGACACAGAUGAUCUCCCCAGGAAGAAGAGUCCGCAGAUGUACAAGCCUCCGACCCCAGAGAUGUUAGCUUACUUGGACUUCAGCGUGUCCACAACAGGAAUCUUAGCAGGGGUCAAAAUGUCUCACGCUGCCACCAGUGCCUUGUGUCGCUCCAUCAAAUUGCAGUGUGAGCUCUACCCUUCACGGCAGAUCGCCAUCUGUCUGGACCCCUACUGCGGCCUGGGCUUUGCCCUCUGGUGCCUGUGCAGUGUGUACUCGGGCCACCAGUCGAUCCUGGUCCCCCCUCUGGAGCUGGAGAGCAACGCGUCUCUGUGGCUUGCUGCAGUCAGCCAGUACAAAGUGCGAGUCACCUUCUGCUCGUAUUCAGUCAUGGAGAUGUGCACCAAGGGCCUGGGUUCGCAGACAGAAGCACUGCGGCUGCGAAAUGUGAACCUGUCUUGUGUGCGUACGUGCAUGGUGGUAGCAGAGGAGAGGCCCCGCAUUGCACUCACUCAGUCCUUCUCUAAGAUCUUCAAGGACUUGGGGCUUUCACCACGCGCAGUCAGCACUACCUUCGGCUGCAGGGUGAAUGUCGCGAUUUGUUUGCAGGGCACAGCCGGUCCAGACCCCACUACUGUUUAUGUGGACAUGAGAGCUCUACGACAUGAUAGGGUACGCCUGGUGGAGAGAGGGUCGCCCCACAGUUUGCCACUGAUGGAGUCUGGGAAGAUCCUUCCAGGAGUGAAGGUGAUCAUUGCCAACACGGAGACUAAAGGACCCCUGGGAGACUCCCAUCUAGGAGAGGUGUGGGUGAGCAGUCCUCACAACGCCACAGGCUACUACACAGUUUAUGGCGAGGAGGCGCUGCAUGCUGACCACUUCAACACCAAGCUCAGCUUCGGCGACACUCAGACAGUCUGGGCGAGGACAGGCUACCUGGGCUUCCUGCGGCGCACCGAGCUGACGGACGCCAGUGGAGAGCGCCAUGACGCCCUCUAUGUGGUGGGCUCUCUUGAUGAGACUCUGGAGCUGAGGGGAAUGAGGUAUCACCCAAUUGACAUCGAAACCUCUGUAAUCCGCUCUCACAAGAGCAUAGCUGAAUGUGCUGUGUUCACUUGGACCAACCUCCUCGUGGUGGUUGUGGAGCUGGAGGGGUCAGAGCAGGAGGCCCUGGACCUGGUGGCCCUGGUCACCAAUGUUGUCCUGGAGGAGCACUACCUCAUCGUAGGAGUGGUGGUGGUGGUCGACCCCGGCGUCAUCCCCAUCAACUCCAGAGGGGAGAAGCAACGCAUGCACCUCAGAGACGGAUUCCUGGCCGACCAGCUGGACCCCAUAUAUGUGGCUUACAACAUGUGAGGGCCCUGCUGCAGGAGGGUUGCCCCUCCACAUGGAUUUUCACACAACAGGAGACAGCAGGACAGUAAACGUGGGGCUGGUAAUUGUAGCAGGCCCGGGGUCAGUGUGGCUUGUGUUGAGAGAGAAAGCAAGCUCUUCUUUCAGCUCACAGAGGGGAAGUGUGAGAGAAACGUGGAUGCAAAACUUCACAGCAAAAUGAAGAGAAAUGAGUGACACAAACCUCAUGUCUGUUUCUCCCUGUGAUUUCUUGCCUCAACAAGUAAUGUUUUAAAGAGCGUUUGGUUUUGUUGAAGAGUGUUUUGUAUGUAUGAUGGAGCAUCUGACUCCUUAAACCCAGGGCACCCAAUAGCAGUACAGCAGGUUGUUAAAGGAAGACUGCAGCUCCCAAAGGACCAUUUGCGUAGUGAUUACUCACCCCGUUGUUGUGAAGAAAACUUUGUUUUUCUUGCAUGCCUCCACGAGGGUUGGGUCCCAUUCACAUUUUAACCAAUGUCGUUUCCUAAAGGUACCUUUUGUGGUACUUAACUCUGUAAUAACAAAAAAAAUCAUUUUUGAACAAGCUGCCGUGGCGAUGGUGUAGACUUAAACACAAUUCUGCUCCUCUGCUCUUUUCUUAUCACACGUAGGGCUAAUCUUCUCUCUGUCUGUCUGUCCGUCUGUUUAUGUGUGUGUGUGUGUGUGUGUGUGUGUGUGUCUGCUCAUCUAGCAGUACUUAAAUAAUAUAGAAAAGAAAAUACACCAGACACUGAAACUAUUGUGGCAGAUCGGCACUGCAGCGAUACUUUUGGCAUGCUGGGAAGCUCCACAGCACUUCCAUGUCUUUUCUAAACCCAGCGUUCUCAGCCAGAUGUGCUCUCAGGUACCAGCAUUUGACAUCAAUGGAUUUAAUGGGAGUCGGUACUUGAUAAUACCAAUAUAAUUUGCCUGGUACCCUAAAAAGUACCAUGUUCAGUACGUAACCCUUGCCCCCACGGUGAAAAUAGAAUCCAAAAUAAGAGAAAGGUCUUGAAGAAUUCAAGUCAUAGGGAGCCGCAUUUAACAACAGCAAUACUAUAUUUAAACACUCACAUAACUCGUGCAGUCUAAUCCAAGUCUCAUUUAUCCAGUCGUAUGCUCAGUGCUUCCCAAACACAUGCAUUCUUGCUACAAAUCUGGCUAUUUAAAACUUUGAUAAAAGUGAAUCUUACCUAUGCUCUCGUCAAAGCCAGACUCCAUUGACAAAAACAGUAAUUUUACCUCACUGAACACAGGAGCUGCUGGU